AUGUCAAAUGGAGCCUUUUCUCCACCGUUAUUAUCAAAUAACUUGGUCGGAGGCGAAUUUGAUAUGGAGUUGAACUUCGUGAUUCAAGAUGCUCAGAACAUUCAGCACAUGCUGGAACUGCUGGACCACUGUCCACCGAGCUUACAGGCUGAAAUCUGGUCGGUGUUCAUUGCGAUCCUGCGCAAGAGUGUGCGAAAUCUCCAGGCGUGUACCGAUGUCGGGCUCAUUCACCACGUUCUGCAGAGGCUGCCCCGUGCGGAGACUGUUGUUGCAGGUACCCACAUUUAUUAA